AUGUAUCAAUUCUUAUCUCGUUGCAAACUCUUUCCUUUCAUCAACCUUCGGUCUGGGAUUACAAUGGCCUGGCAUUCGGGCGGAAGAACGCACGAGGAGUUAGUAAACAAUUUGUUCAAUAAUGGCAUCAUCCGUACUCCUAGCAUCAAAGAAGCCAUGAUGAGUGUGGACCGCGGACUCUUUUCCAAAAGCCAACCUUAUGAUGACAGCCCCAAGCCAAUUGGUUAUGCUGCAACCAUAAGUGCACCACAUAUGCACGCACAUGCCUUGGAAGCUCUUAAGGAAAGACUGUACCCUGGAGCUCAUGUGCUCGACGUUGGCUCUGGUUCAGGCUAUCUUACCGCAUGUAUGGCCGCAUUGGUCGGACCAGACGGAGUCGCAGUUGGGGUGGAGCACAUCCCCGAGCUGACCAAAAUGGCAACGGAGAACGUAGCGAAUUGGUUGCAACAAAGUCCCGUGGCAAAACAGAAAGGUAUCAAGCUGGGAAAACAAAUUAAGCUUAUCACUCACGACGGUCGUUUGGGGUGGCCGGAAGAUGCGCCAUACGAUGCAAUUCACGUGGGUGCCGCUGCAUCAUCCAUUCCACAAGCACUUUAUGAUCAACUAAAACCUGGUGGACGUUUGAUCUGUCCCCACGGGCCCGAGGGUGGUAAUCAAGUCCUUGCUCAAAUCGAUCGCCUUCCCGACGGGACGUUCAAGGAAACAAACCUGAUGGGUGUCAUAUACGUUCCCCUUACCGAUAGGGAGCGUCAGCUGCGCCAUCGGUAA